AAAGGGUCGUGGCGCGUCAUUUUGCGUGAUGCAGAUGGGAAUAAACAUGGAGAGUUUAUAACGUGGUGGUAAUACAGGACGACAGCAGAAGAUGUGAGCGGGAGAGGUGAACAGUUUCCGGCAACUUUCUCCAGGUUCCAUCAACAUACCUGGCCCACCUGUCUUCUAGUCGUCGGUAAAGUCUGGUGACCUCCACGUUUCAGGCAACACCCCCACCCAGACAUGGAGCACCAACACCGCCCCUGCCAUCCAGCAUCCGACUACAACUUUCAGCACGCACAGUGGAUCAGACACAACCCCGGCGUGACCCUGCCCAGACCCUCGUCCCUCCACGAGGCCAAGGCCGGCCCACCCCACCCUGCCAUGGUGGUCCCCUGCUCGUGUCAGCAGCCGGUCAUCGAGCCGCACGUGCUUGACUCGUGCCAGAGGUGUCUGCCGGUCAACAAGGUCACGUGCCCUGACGCGGCCACCUACGACGGCGACUGCACCAAGUGCUGCAGCUGCUGCAGCCACCAGAAGGAGCGGCCCCUGCCCACGCCACCCCCGGGCUGGAGCUACUGCCCCCCAGAACAUAAGGAUUAUAGAACCUUGAUUCGGCCUAAAAACCCUAACGCAUCCCCCAGCGAUCGACCUGCAGGCACGCCCUACUUUGCUCAAGAAUCCAAGUCAAGCUGUCCACCUGCCCAGGCACCUGUAGCUAAGAAAGGUGGAUUUAACUUUGAUGACUGGAUGCAGGUGUACAACCCCAUAACUGUGCCGGACAACAUGGAGGGCCACUGUAUCCCCUCGCUGUGCACCUGGUGUGCCCCCGCCUACGUCGACUGCUGUCCCCAUUACAAACACCCCAACAUGUACACCAUAGUCAAACAAGGGUUACCUCCCUUCUGAGUUGAGUCAUCUCCCUUUGAUGAUCCAUGAAGAAGACACAAGAAUGAUUGUAUGCAUCACAAGAGCAGUUACGACAUUAAAAAAAAAACUUAGUGAACUUUCAAUCGGGUAGUAAAGGGAAGUAAUAUUCAUAAAAG